CGAUCGGCGCGGAGCGUCCCGGCAGCCGAGGCGCUCCCCAGGGCCGGGGGGGCCCCAAGUCCUCUUCCUCAGUCUGAACCGUCAUCUUCGUUCUUUUAGCUCCGUCGAUGUCAUCUUAAUUCUUUUAGAUAGGCAGGAAUCCUGCCGGGGCGUCUUUUCACCUCGUUCAGAGAGUUCGCAAGCCUUCCUCUUAUUCCCCGACUGGAAUGGAGAUUUCUUCCCAUCAGUUUCACCUCCUCGAGCAGCUGAACGAACAACGGAAGCAAGACUUGUUCUGUGACUGCAACAUCCUGGUCGAGGGAAAGGUCUUUAAAGCACAUCGCAAUGUGCUGUUUGCCAGCAGCGGCUACUUCAAAAUGCUCCUUUCGCAGAGCUCGAAGGAGACGAGCCAGCCAACAAUAGCCACUUUUGAAGUUUUCUCUCCAGAGACUUUUAUGGUUAUCUUGGACUUUGUGUAUUCAGGGAAACUCUCUCUCACUGGUCAGAAUGUGAUCGAAGUCAUGUCAGCUGCGAGCUACCUGCAGAUGACUGAUAUCCUCAAUGUCUGCAAGACAUUCAUUAAGUCCUCACUGGAUAUUAGCGAAAAGGAAAAGGAUCAUUACCUCAGCCUGUCGGCCAAAAGCACAAACAGUGAACCCACCCAUCCAUCUCUUUAUCGGUCAAGAAGAAAAGCAAAGAGCAACCCCAGGCGUUCCUGUUCGAUCCCGGAUGACAAGGCUAAUACAGUGAAUGAAAAUUCCUGGAGCAGUUACGGCAGCUACCUGUCCUCAGAGGUGAUUCUUCAGCGGGCAGAAACGCAGCUAUCGAAAAGAGGCAGAAAACAGGGCUCAAUGAGAAAGCGCCGAAAGCACCUCGGGCUGGCCCAGACCCGUGAUUUUGUGCAGUAUAAAUCCAACAAAGCUGAGCGGGCCAGCGGCGGUUGCAGCACGGCAGAUUCCAGCCACGUGUCUCGGGUUAGGGAGGAGGCUGAAUGCGAUGCUGAGAACGCCGCCGAUCGCGACGAUUACGGAUAUAAUCACGAAUCGGAAGUGAUGCCGAAGAGGUGGUCUGUUGCUCAGCUAGAACAAGAGCUUUCAAGAACUCCCGAGUUCGUGGAAUUAAAGGCAGAAGAACUGUACACCUCAAUGCCCACAAUUUUAGGUGUAAUGAGUAGUUGGAACGAAGAUGACCUACCUCGGAUGCGAUUCAAAUGCCCGUUCUGUACGCACACAGUGAAGCGACGCGCGGACCUGAAGCGGCAUCUGCGGUGUCACACAGGGGAGCGACCGUACCCGUGCGAAGCCUGUGGGAAGAGGUUCACCCGACUAGAGCAUCUACGGAACCACUUCCAAACGAUACAUCAAGCUGGCAAACUGAUCUGCAGAAAAUGCAAGCGUCACGUAACUGAACUAACAGGAUGUGUUGUUCAGCAAGGAACAAGACGCUACAGACUGUGCCAUAAGUGUCUGGCAGAAACUAAUUUUGACAGCAUCCCUGACGAUUUAGAUGCAGAACAUUCUCCUGUCUCCUCCACGGGAAACAAACGUUCGAAGUGGGCUUUGGAGGAGGAACAGAAAUCAGAUGAAGAGACGGUGGAGGAGGAACCGUAUAAUUUGGUUGUCCGACACGUUAACGAUGAUACUCCAGCUGAGGUAGAUGAAAAGGUGAAGCCAAAUCUUAGGUAGAUCUGUUACUGUUGUAUUCAAGAUUAAAUUACUUGUGUCCUACCAACUA